AUGCCACCAAGGCAACGCAGCAGAGUCAGAGAAGAGGAAAGCUUAUACAAAAACGAAGAAGACAGAAAACACUUGGAGUCACUGUCAGAGGCUGUGCGCGAAGGAAUACUUUACGAGAGGCAUUUGCAGCUGACAGAGGAAAAGGAGAGAAAAGAGCUGAAGCACCGGAACAGCUCGUUCGGGAUGGAGAGCGAGACGGACAGCGAAAGCAGAGGCAUGGACAGCUUCUCCGAGAGGUCGAUACCCAAAAUAGUCACAAAAACCAGCUUCGACGUGUUCAAAAACGUGGUUCUGAGAAGGGACAUGCUUCUGGACAUAGUAUACAGGCGGGCCAUUGACAAGAUAAAGGGCUGCUAUGUGAAGCUCCGGCUCACGGAAGGGUACUGCGUGUACAAAAUACAGAAAGUGUAUGAAGGAAAGCGGUACGAGGUAAGCGGCGUAGUGACGAACAAGUGGAUGACACUGGUCCGAAACAAGGACCGCAAGGAGAUAAACAUACAAAGCAUUAGCAAUGGGCACGUCACCCCGGAAGAGUAUGACAGAUACAUAAAAGACAACGUUGUGCCGGGGGGAGACAGGGAUCUGCUCAGGCUCUACAAAAAGCUGUCCAGAAACAUAGAGACAGACACGACAGACGACGACAUCGACUAUUCUCUCUCUCAGAAGAGGAGGUUUUCAAAGUACGAAAAAAUUGCUGCGAAGAGGCGAGUUGUGCUGACGGUGCAGCUGGAGCGGGCGCGCCAGGAGGAAAACUUGCAGGAGAUUCAGGAGAUAGAAAAAGAGCUCAGAGAGAUGGAAGAGCAUGCAGAGGGGAGCCAGCCAAGUGAUAAAUAA